AUGGUUGAGCCUAUGGAGGGUGUUGAACCUGUUGGAUCAUCCCAACAAACGGAUUUUAAACAUUUUCAACCAUUGAUAACCGACCUUAUAAAAUACGCGGAUAAAAUUGGAGAAUCUUUCGAAAAUGCUGAACUUAAUAAAAGAAUUUGUAGUGUGCUAUUUCAACGUAUCAAUACUGCUGCAGGUGAAGUGAAAAUCUUACGACAACUAGAAGAUGAUUAUAAUGCACUUAACAAUUCAUCCGAAGACCGUCUCGAUUUUAGAAAAUCGAAAGACACUCAAAAAAAUAAAGACGAAGAAGCCAUAAACAUGGAUAUGCAGGAUAGUGAAAAU